GCUGCGUAUGUGUCAGUCCUCAACAACUUUUAUCAGGGGGAGUGGGUGCAGUUGUGGAAAUGGAAAAUCAAUUCAAUCGUCAUUUUUCUCCAUAUCAGCAGAAAACAGUAGUGAAUAUUAUCGCUGAAAAGUGUGAGAAUUAAGAAGUAAAUUCCGUUCUCUUUCUGUCGAAAUCACAUCCAUCCGUAAGAACAUAUGAGCGAGCUAUUCAGAUUGGUUUACUGAAUCCUUGACUGUCGAAGAAGCUAUCGUAACCCAAUACGAUAGUGAGUAAUUACUGCAACAGGAAACCUGGUGUUAAGAGAAGUAAAAAAAUCAGUUCCUACGAAAAACUUAUCUGGAUCAAGUUUUAAAUAGCAUUUGUUUGCGUAAAUAUAAUGAAAAUGAAGGAAUUCUUAAAAGUGGCGGUUCCGAAAGGAUUUGUAUGGUGAAAAAAGUCAAAAUCCUGAAUUCCUCAUAGUGCUUCUGUUGUGGGUGGGGAUCUAGUUGAUCCCUUUCGAGCCUAGAAUAAGUCUUUCCUAAACAUCGCGUAUGGAAUUACAGUAUCGCCUGACGUAUACUCUAUACAGUACCAACCAAGAACUGCACUAGUGACUAGAUAAAUCAGCAUAAAAAGGAGAAAUUCUUUAUCUUUGGAUUGUGUGGGACAUGGGAUCGGAAAAAAUGUCCGAUGAAUGUUCUCAGCGUGAUAUCGACAACAACAAAUGGCUAUAUUUGAGAAACGACUCGAACAAAAGGUCGUUCUAGAUGAUACGGAACCGAUCACCUGUACCAUUGAAACAGCGCAGAACAUCGAUGGGCAUACGGAAUACGUGUUAAGAGCACAGCGAGGACCAUAUCCUGAAAACAGCUGGCGUAUUCUAAGGCGGUACAAUGACUUCGCUUCACUUAACAAAUGCUUGCAAAUAUCAGGAAUCGAUUUGUCAUUUCCCGGAAAAAAGUUUAUUGGUAAUAUGCGCCCUGAUUUCAUAGCUGAUCGAUUAAUAGCAUUGCAAGAGUUCAUAAAUCAAGUACUAAUGAAUCCCAUUUUGGCAUCAUCGUUACCAACCAAAAAGUUCAUUGAUCCGGACAGUUACUCGACGCCGUUCCAUGAUCUCGCUCUGCAAUAUGCGUCAAUGUGCUUACGCACGGACGGCGUCUAUACACUGGGUCAAUCUUUGGGUCCAAUAGGAUGGCGGUUGAGGAAGCAUUAUUUCAAAGUAGUGCACAAACCGCAAGGAAACAAACACUCGCCGGGACAUUCCAACACCAAACAUCAUUUAAUAAAAUCAAGUUCGCAAUCGCACGGCAAACAGCACACAACUCAGGUUUGUGUAACAACAUCAACCGAGAAGGACUACAAUACGAAAGAAAGUGGAAAAGACGACUUGAUCUUGACGUGGACUGAAUUUGGACCGGAUAAGUAUAUCGACGAGAAAGAAAUUCACAAUGUGUUGAAGAACUUUGGUGGCGUUCAACACCCGUUCAUUGCUCCAAUUGAAUAUAUCGCAUCGAAUGAUAGCGGAGCACUCGUUAUCCGAAAGUUUUACAAACAAGGCAGUUUGAAAGAUGUUCUUUGUGCAGCGUCCCCGUGUAAUCCGUUCUUGUCCAAAUAUGGUAGCCCUAAGGGCCGAGCUCCGCUACCAUUAAAAGAGUUAGCACUUUAUGCACGACAAAUCUUGGAGGCUAUUAGAUUUCUGCAUUCAAAAGGCAUGGCUUGCGGGCACGUGCACUGUGGUAAUGUGUUGAUUGUUGAUGGCGUGGCACGUUUGAUGGAUGUAGAAAACUUCAUUUUCGGUGUGCCCUCAUUCUAUCGGCCAUUCUUUGUUCAACAUAGCAAAAUAAACACAUGCGAAGCUAUCGACGUGUAUGGAUUUGGACACCUAUUAUACGAAAUGUGCAUGGGUUAUCCUUUGCAAGAUUCAUACGCCAGACAAAUCCUCGACUGUCCUGAUAGUUUGAAGUCCCUGUUGGAAUCAAUUCUUUCGAAAGAUGCAUGCAAAUCAGUUCUUCCGACGUUAGACCAACUGGCCGCUCAUCCCUUCUUCAGUGAAUAUGCUGCGAGCUUUAACGAUCAGUACGCAAUGGCGAUUGCCGCCCAGAAACCUUAUCUCAAAUUUUCAACCAAUGCCAAAGAACAGCUGAAGAAUGCAGUCCAGAAAACGGAAAAUCGUGUGCGAGAUGAGCAGAAAUCGGUCAAAAAUCAAAAACGUCUAGUCAGGGUGCAAGAGAUGAUGACUUCGGAGGAAGAGAAGAAGAAAAUCAAACAUAAAGCGAAACAAGAACAACGUCAGGCCAAGCUUCGAGCCCAAAAUUCAUUGCAACUGAAUAAUGGCCCUCCGCAAACGGUAACGGUGAGUGCAAGCUCUGGAUCCGCCGGUGCUGUUAUGGUAAAGUCAGAUAGUGCGAACAGUAUCGUCUCACCACAUGAAGCAGCAUUAAUGUCACCUCCACCGCAUGCAACCGACAGUGGCGGAAGUGCUUCUUCACCGUUACCGCCCCCAUCUGCUCCACCGAUUCCACCGCCAUCAUCUCUGCCACUGUUCGAACAAGCUGCUGCAACUGGCUUGGGGUCCUCCAAUGGAAGACAAAUGGUCAAGUCAAUUUCCGGCGACGAUAACAGCAGUUCCAAUCGUAGUGCCCUGCUGGAAUCUAUUUGUAACUUUAACAAAAGUGGACUCAAAAAGAUCAACAUAAGCGAUAACUGAGAAAAGGUUUUAGAAGGAAACAUUAUGUGUAGAUUCACAUUUCCUAUUGAUCGAAAUUUCAGUGAAACUUGAAGGUAGGCGUGUGUAGGAAAUUGAAUAUCUUCCUAAUCUAGCGUACGAUCCAACAUAAACACUGUGCAACCACACCCAAAAACUACAAAAUAACAAGCAUUAAACUAAAGGAAGAGUUUUGGACCAAUUUUUUCGUACUCUAUAGAUAAACUAAUAAAACUACAAACAACUCGUAGGUAACCGAAAUUCAACCGGAAUUAUUUAUAUGACUGAAAGUGUCGAAGUUGUUGUUGAAUUGAUCUGUUAAAAUCGACAGACACGCUUUACUAGGUGGUAUGCUCCAAUUGUUUCAUUUUAACUUCCUGUUAGUAAUAUUUAUGUAUUUGGAAAUCGAUCUUUUUUAUCAUUUCUUUAAAAGGCAUUUGUGGAAUAUUACCACCGAGUAAGCAUUGAAGAAGACUCUAGGGCAAAACCAAAUUAUAAAACGCGUUUGAAAUUACGUAUAUUUUAAAUAUUAUUCAAUUGGACAGCCAAAUAACUUUUCUCGGAUUAAAUACGAUUGGCGACCUUAAUCGAAAUGGAUAUGUUUCCUGCACGUUUAUGGCUUUAAACAAGGAAAACUAAUUAUGAUAAACUUAUGAAUGAAGUAACAAAUUUAACACAAACACACUUAUAAAAACCAAGCACAGAUAGGCACAUUCAAUGGCUAGGCAUAACAAAGAUAUUAAAUAGUUUUUUGUAGUUGUUGUUAUGUGAAAUUAUUGUAAAAAAGACAUCAAUCAUAUGCCUAUAAAAUUUUGUUUAAUAUGAAACUUAUCUACUUUCUUUGCAAGUUAUUCUGAUUGAUCCCUUUCUGGGGAAUCUUUGCAAGCCUUGCAUUUUUUGUUACCAAACAUUUUUUACGUGCUAAACCAUGCAUGGUCAUAUUAUCCACAGCAGGGUCGUUUCUUAAUCUGUGAUGUUAUGUUACUCCGUAUUUAACAUUCAAAUUGGUCUUCGAAAUGGUACGUCGUUUAUUAUCUGAACGAGUUUUGAUUGAAAGAAUCAAAACUGGCAAGUGGAAAUGAUCUUAUGAAUGAAAUAAUGUUAAAUGCGAACUUUUGUGUAACAAAUGGAAACUGCAUGUGUUAUAGAAGAACCCUGUAAUAAAGAAUAGCGAAAUACUUAUUAAUGCUUCAAUCAAAAAUCAUACAUGCAUAGUCGGCUCCAUCAUCACUUUCUGACUCCUUCAUCAUUAUUUAUACUGUCCAGUCCAUAUUUAGUGCCAUACGAUACUUCGUGCACGUGUACAAAUCGUCACGUUGUACAAAGUCUGUUGGAAUCGGGGCAAACAUUUCAAAUAUAGUUGUUGGCAUGUUUCUAGUAACCAAAAAAAGAACAUCUACACACUUCAUAUAUUUAUUCCAAAACGGAAAACUUAUCACUAUCUCUUAUAAUUGUGAUUUAUGUGAACGUAUUUGUAUCCUGAUAUAACUCCUCUUUUAUAAAAACAUUAUACAAAAUAAAUGAUACCAACCAGUGUAACAUAUUCGAUAGUAUAACAAAUCAACAAAAAUCUAUUCAUAUUUUGAUGGGUGGCGAAAAUUAAAAACGAUGGUUAAACAACAACAUUUUUGAUAACGGACUAAAUUUAUAAGAAUCAUGAUGUCUUUGGUACAGGCUAUUGUCUCCUAAAAUCAUUUUAAGAAUCAUACAUGGCUUAAAUUUACCACAUCAACAACACUAGCUUCGGCAACGUAAUAUAUUAAAAUCAUUUAUUAUAUACGCAUACAAUCCAAAUAUAUCUGUGGUAAAAUAAACAUUAACAACACUUUUUAUCUAGCAUGUAUCAUCAAAUAGAAUUCAAAAAUACCCCAACAUUUAUGAACCACACAAAGUAUUAGAUAUAUUGUCUCUAUUGUCAGUCCACUAUGACACGGAAAUAAAUGUUUUUUUUUCUACGCAGUAUUUUAUAAAUAUUAUGAAAACACGUUGCAAAAUUCCAGUUUUCUAAAAUCUACAGAAUCAAAAAAGGAAAACUAAAAAUACGAGAAAGACAAAAUAUAUGUCAUCAGACACAUCGAUCAAAUAUAUUGUCUGAUGUAUUCAUUCAAGUCGAUAUUUCCCCUUAUUCUACGUUUCGUUAAAUUCAAAACGAUGCAAUUGUCGUGUAUUCCCAAUAAUUUACAUUAGUUGUUUCGUGUCCUGUCGACUCGUCUUGUUUUAUACGAUAGGUAGAAUAAGGGAAAUUGCAAUUACAACAGAGUCCGAACCGAAUCAAUCCGCUGUUCAAAUUUUACGGAAAAUAUAUUUAUUUCAGAACAACAAAGUACUAGCAGAAGGGUAGCUAUGGGUCCUCUAGGCGACGCAGAUAAUGGAAUUUAAAGAAAACUCAUCCACGUUAUACCGCAGAACAAAUCAAAAUGAGAGGAAAAUCUACAGAAUAUGAAAAUAAACAACAAAAGAGGGGUGUAUUUGUCA